AUGGUCAGGAAGAUUGACGUUGAGGAGGAUUUCAGGUCGGAGCAUGAUUAUAAGGUGGAGAAAGAUGUGCCUUGCGUCACCUUCACCCCAGACGGUCAAUUGUUGCUCGCACUAACACUGUAUAAAAUGUAUAUGUGGGAUACAGCUACAUGGGAAAUCUCGCAUAUAGUGGAAUGCCCAAGUGCUACGAAGGGAUUUGCGGUAUCUCCCAAUAGCCAGUUACUCGCGUGCUUUCAAAAGGACGAAAGAAUAAAUCUAUGGCAGAGAAACGGCACCUUAUGGACGCUGAAAUGGACAUACCAGAGCCCAUACGCAAGUCCGGAACAUUUGAAUAACAUAGCGUUUUUGGACACCGAACUCGGCGAAGUACAGGAAGUGAUCGAUCGCUGGGGGGUGACUGCAUUCAAGUUUUCUAGGGACGGCAAACUUCUGCUACAAACAAAAGAGACUGUCGAGAUAUGGCGGCAAAGAGACGAGUGGGAACUGGACCGCAAGAUUGAUUUACCAGGGUCGUUCGAAAUACUUGCAGUUUCUCCCGAUAAUAGGCUUAUUGCACUAGUGGAAGCUGAUUCGACAAUCCAAGUGGUAGAGACAGGGAAGGGUGUCCUGGUGCAAACUCUGGAGGGUCACACAGACAGUGAUGGCAAUUUAGCCUUCUCUUCGGACAUCCAAUUUCUUGUGUCCAGUGGAACCGAUAAUUAUAUCCAUAAAACGAUCAAAGUAUGGAGAAUUGUACCUGGAAAGCUCGACGAAGCCCCAUUUGAACAAGCAAAAAUUAGGGGAGUGAUCGAAACAUGGAAUGGAGAAACAGGAGAGUAUCAAAGAACAUUCAAGAUACCUAGUUAUUGUGGUCCUGGUUACGCCGUGACUGUUUCGCCAGACCACAAGCUGGUGGCAUGGGCAUCUUACGACGGGGACAUCAUGGUGUGGAACGCAGAGACGGGACAGACUGUUGCGACGCUACAGAAAAGACGGCCAAUUCGGGAAUCUUGUGCAGCAUAUGAGUUUCAGUUUUCUUCCAACAGUAAACUGUUGGGCUGGCUAGACGAUAAGGGGACUGUCCGGAUAUGGAGCAUACGACCAUGCAGCCUUUUGAAAUCGUAUCGUUGGAGAGGAGCUGAGUAUUCCACUUUUCGUCGAAAGGGACGGGAAAAAUUGUCACUCAUUCUCGAGUAUCUAGAGAAUGAGAUUACCAUGAGUAAGGAAGCUGAAUAUAGUCCAGAAGAGUGUCUCUCUCACAAUGAUGUCACGCAUACUCCAAGAAUAACCAUCCAAGAUGACUGGGUGGUCUUAGGAGAGCAGAGAAGCAUCUUGUUGCCCCCGGAAAAUUGGCCUCGGUUUAAAAUAUGCUGGGAUGCUCGAAGCAAUGUACUAGCUGUUGGACCUGAAUCUGGCAGCAGGCCUUACUCCAUUCGGUUCAAUCCACACAAUAUGUCAGCUGGACAAUUGCAACAUGACGAUGCUGAGAAAGAUUCUGAUGCCGGCUAUUCAAGUGACUCGUCUCUUUGCUACAUCAAUGAAGAAUAUGAAAGCGAUGGUCUUUCUUCUGACUCGGAAAGCUCGGCUGAUGGUCAGUGA